AUGGCGAAAGGUAGAAAGAAUAGACAACAUUGGAAACAACGGCGGGUAAAGAACGAUUUUAAAAAGAAAUUGAAAGGCCAAAAGCGAAACCUUAAAGAGAUUGUAGGAUCACAUUCGAACGAUACAGAACGUGACGAUGGGAUUCUUGUGAAGAAACCGAAGAAGGAUUCUAGCACUAUUGAGAGUAAUGAAAUAGACAGUUCAGAUAGUGAACAGGAUGUUGGCAAUCUCUAUCUGGAGCUGGUCAACUCACUGGGUGCAGGUCCUGGAUCAUAUGGAGAGGAGUUGAAAGAGAAAUGGAAAGAUGAUGAGAGUGACAAAAAUGAUGAGGAAGAAAUUGAAGAGGAAAUGGUACAAACUGAAAAUGAGGAUGAAGUUAAGGAGGCCAAUAAACAAGUGAAUGGAGAUGCAGAAGCUGUUCAGAAACUUCAGGAAGAUAGUGAAGGUGAUAAUGUCAGCAAGGAUGUUGAGGAUGAUGAAAAUGGCACUGAUGAACCUGAAAACAUGGCUGAUGACUACAGAACAGAAGGUGCUGCAAGAGAAGAAAUCGAAGAUGGAAAGGAAAAAAAUGAAAGCAGUGAUACCGAUGAAAGAGAAGGAAAAGUGUUAGUAG